CACCUUCUUCUCUUUGAUGCAUCCAGAAAGUAUAAGACUGGAUAGAUGCUCCAAGUUCUGUCCUUCUGGCACUUCAUAUCGGACUUUGCACCAUACAUUACAAACCCACCAUGGCCAUCGGCACGCUUCGCUCGCCGGAGCAUCGUGCCCUCUUUGAUCUCAUCGACAGAUUGCGCCACCAAGGAAUCUCCAAAUAUGUCGAUCUACCUGAGAUCAUUGUAUGUGGCGAUCAGUCUUCUGGAAAAAGCUCUGUUCUGGAAGCCAUCUCUGGCUUGUCGUUUCCCACGAAAGACAACCUAUGCACCCGUUUCGCCACUGAAGUAGUCUUGCGCCAUACCACUGGCACUACAUCGUGUGUGGCAUCUAUUACUCCGGAUCCCAAGCGAAGCGAGUUCGAAAAGGAAGAGCUGCGCCGUUUCUCCCCAAAGAUCGAUCUGGACACUCUGGAGUUGAGCAAUGUCGUCGAGGAAGCCAAGGAGUCCAUGGGGAUCUCCGACACCAACGCUUUCAGUAACGACAUUCUCCGAGUCGAGCUCUGUUCCCCUGAUCAGCCCCAUCUGACGAUAGUUGAUCUACCUGGCCUGUUCUCGGGUAUCGACAACAAUCAGUCCGAGUCAGAUGGAGACCAGGUCGUCUCUAUGGUACGGGCACACAUGAGCCGUCCUCGAAGCAUUAUCCUUGCGGUCAUCUCAGCCAAGUCGGACAUUGCUGUUCAGUCAGUCACCAAGAUGUUGUCGGAAAUCGACCCCGAAGGAAAGCGCACAAUGGGCCUGAUCACCAAGCCCGACACCCUUCAUGCAGGCUCGGAAAGCGAGAACAACUUUGUGGAGCUCGCUCACAACAAGAAGAAGAUUUGCGGCUUAGGAUGGCACAUUUUGCGCAACCGGGACUAUCCAGAGCGGGAUUAUACCAGCCAGCAGCGCGACGAUGCGGAACGCAAGUUCUUGUCCAAGCCCCCAUGGUCUACUUUGCGUCAAGAUCAACUCGGCAUCCGUCAGCUCAAGCCACGUCUAUCGUCAAUCCUUAGACAGCAGAUCUUGGCUGUGCUUCCGGAUCUCAUGGCCGAUGUGGCGGCCGGCAUCAAAGACUGCGAGAAGCACCUGUCACUACUUGGAGAUUCGAGGAGCAGUCCUUCCAGGCGCCGAAAGUACCUCAACCGCGUGAGUCAAGAUUUUACCCGGUUAGCUGAAGCCGCAACAUCGGGUUACUACAAGGAUCCUUUCUUUGGCGAUGCCAUGACCGAGGCUGGAGCUGCUAGACGAUUUCGCGCCGCGGUUGAGAGACACUACCGGGACUUUGAGGAGCGCAUGUUGAAGCAUGGUAAGACAUGUCGCAUCCUGGAGGAUGGGUCGGAUAUGCCGGAUGAACCCGAGAACCACAGCUAUAUCUAUCGCAGUGACUAUGUGGAAAAGGUCAAGGAGCUGAUGCGGCGGAACAAAGGCCGCGAGCUGAGCGGCACUUUUAACCCCCUUGUCAUUGGGGACCUCUUCCUCGAGCAGUGCAAACCGUGGCAAGGCUUGGCUAGCGAUCUACAAGUUCGUAUCGAUGCGGAUGCGCGUUCUCUGAUCAAAGACAUUCUCUCAGAAACGACAGCCCCGGAGACACAGGAUGCAAUCAGGGGUGUCAUCAACGAGAGAAUGGACAAGAUAACCGACCUCAUGGCUGAGAAGACACGCGAAAUACUCAGACCACACAUCAGUGGUAUACCCCAGACGUACAACCACUACCUCACCGAUACCGUGCAGAAGAUCCAGCAGGAACGCCGUGAGGCUAAUUGGAAGAAGAAAAUAGUCGACGACUUUGGAAAAGAUGAAGGGGGGGGAUAUCUUGUGUCGUGGAAUGAUUUGCAAGCUCUUUUGCAAGAUCAAAACGACCCCGACAUGGAGAACAACGCUAGCUCCGAUGCCAUCGAUUUCUCUGAAGCGUACUUCAAGCUCGCUGCCAAGACCUUCAUCGACAACAUGGCACAGCUCGUCAUCGAGCCGCAACUCAUGGAAGAGAUGCCAAGCCUUCUCAGUCGAGAUUCUGUGGACGAGUCUCCCGACGAGUACAUCGAGCAACUCGUCAGGGAGAGUGAGGAUUCUCUACAGGAGCGUGAACUCUGCCAGUCGAAGCGGAGCACCCUCAAAGCAUGCCUUUGCGAAAUCAAAAGUCUACAGACUUAUGGUUACACCACGAAACUUUCCGAAGAGUUGACUCUAAAGCCAGAGACCAAUGGGAAGGGUGAACACACGCAGUUCGAAAUGCAAACCCCGGACUCGUUCACGCCGGAACUUGAGCCUGAGGCACCUGGAAAUUCACCAACCGUUAAGAAGAUGGUGAAGAAGAAGAUCAGGCCUGUUGUCAAGUUGCCUGAGGAAGACCCCUUCAAAGGCAGAUCCUCUCCACUCUUUGGUGGCGAUGAAGACGACGAGGCUCCAACAUCCACCCAGGCUGUGGCCGACGACAGGUGGGAUUAUUGAGGGUUUUAGUAUUCUUCGGAAUGGAAGAUAGUAGUUGUCAAUGGUAUUGAACACAAAUAAACGAGUCUCCGCAUAGUGUGACCAGACAAUGACA